AUGCAAGAUGAAAAAGGAGAUCAUUUUGAGGGAAAUUCUUAUAUCGUUCCUAAAUGGAAACAAAAUAUAAAUAGUAAUGAAUUGGGUUGGAAAAAUAAAAUCGACAUGAAUUGUCAAAACAAUAAUAUAGAUGAAUUUUGUAAUAAGAAUGAAAAAAAAAAAAUAAUAAACAAUUGUAAAAUGUAUCCAUUAAUUUGUGAAGAAGAUAAAGACAUAAAAAAUUUAAAGUGUUCAAUAUCUACUUCAUUAAAUAAACUUAAAAAAAAUUCUCGUUCAAAAGUAGCAUAUUAUAAGGAAUAUGAAUCGGAAAAUUUAGAAGAAAAAGAUAUAAAAAAUGUCAAAAAUAUAAAAGAUAUAAAAAAAGAAUCUACACAUUAUGUAAAUCAACGUUUUGAAGAUGAGGAAGUUCCAAAAUGUAUAAAAAACAACAGUAAACAUAUAUUUCAAGAAUCAAAAAUAAUUCAAAAAAAGAAUAAAUCAGAUUAUGAUUUAGAACCACAAGUAAUCAUUGAAAAUAUGAACAAGGCAAUAAAUAAUUCGGAAUUUAUUAAAAAUAUGAACUACUAUUUUGAAGAAAUAAAUAGUAACACACAAUCAAAAGAUGAGAAUAAUAACGAUGCACAAUCGGAUAAAACUUGUUUGGAUAUAAAUAUCGAAAAAGACAAAUUAAAUGAAAAGGAACUCUCCGAAUUUAUGCCCAAAAUAAGCUACAAUGAUCAAAAUGGUGCAAUUUUUUCGGAAAAAAAUGAAGUAAAUUUUGUGGAAAAAAAUGAAGUAAAUUUUGUGGAAAAAAAUGAUGCAAAUUUUGUGGAAAAAAAUGAUGCAAUUUUUUCGGAAAACGAUUUGUUAAAAAAUAUGAACGCACAUGUAUAUGCUUUUAAAGAACAUUGUGAUUAUUUAAAGAUUAUAUUGAAUGAGUUAAAAGAUUUAAUGAAUAUUAUUUAUACUUGUUUUCAGAUAAAUAAAAAUGAUAAUUGUUUAGAAAAACAAAUAAAUUCCACUAACAUUAUAAACAAAUGGGAUGAAUAUUUUAGCCAAAACUCAAAGGAAAUAAAUUUACAUGACCAUGUCAGCAAAAAUAUGAAUUUUCAAAAAGAAUUAUUUUAUUAUAGAACUAUUAAAAUUAAUGAUGAAGAAAAUAUUUAUUCAUCUGAAAUAUAUAAUAUUUAUGUAAACUGUUUAAAGAAGUUUAUGAAAAAUGAAUUAAGUGUAGCUCUUGAAAAUAUAAGAAAUAUUUUAAAUAACCCAAAUUGCGAAAUAAGCAAAGAGGGUGUUGUUAAUAAAAUAAGGGUAAAUAAUCUACAGCUAGCUGGUGGCUAUACAAAAACGGAAUAUAUUACAAAAGAAAACCAAAAUGACGAGAACAACAUUUCUACAUUAUCACUUAGCAAAUUAAUUAAUGACAUGUCUUAUAUUCGACAAUAUAUAGAAGAAUUAAAAAUGAACUGUAUAAAAGAAAAUGAGGAGAGUCAAGCUAAAAUCAAAAAACAAGCUGACAGUUCAGAAAAUGAAAAUGGACAAAAAAAAAAUGGAAAAAAAAAAAAUGAAGAUAAAAAUGGGCAAAGCGGGUUUGAUGGACAAACCGAGUUUGAUGGACAAAGUGAAAACAAUAAUAAAUAUCAAAAUAAAAUAUCGGAGUUAGAAAACGAGCUUUUAAAUACUAAAUUGUUGUUAGCCCAAAGUGAAACUAUAAGGGAAAUAGAACUUAAUGAAAUAAAAAAAAGCAAAUAUAACUAA